GCAGAACAACAACAACAACAGCAAGAAAAUGUGCGGUGUGUGUGUGUAACAGCAACAGCAAUAACAACAACGAACCGUUGUGAGCACAGUGGUUAAAGAAAUAAGAAAAACAUAAAGAAGAAGACGCAAAGGGGCAACAACAGCAGCAAAGCCAAAGAAAGCGCAAUCAAAAUGUCGACAACAGUGGAACAGCCGUCCACCGAUGCGCACACAGCACAGGGUGCGCUCACAGCAGCAACAACAGCAACAACAACAGCAGCAGCAGCAGCAGCAGCAGCAACAGUUGCUGCAACAUCCGCGUCAUCCACAGAAAUCGAGCAACUGCAGCAGGCGCUGCUCGAGAAGCAAACGCAGCUCUACGCUUUGGAAACAGCUUGCCUGCGUGAAACGGAGCGCCAGGUGGAGCUGGAGGACAGUGUGAUUGCGUGGCAGGACAAAUACGAUCGACUCUACGAGUCGCACAAGCGCGUGCAGAAAGUCAAUCAGAGUCUGGAGGAUAAAAUGCUCAAGCUAGUCGAUCGCAACACCAACGAGCGAGCGCAGCUCACCAGCGAUGUGGCAACGCUGAGCGUGCGAUUGGCCCAGGCCAACUUUAAUAUUGCGAAGCUGCAAAGGGAAAUUGAGCGCUACAAGGCCGACAUUAGUCUUGCCAUACAAUUGCUGCAAUGCAAGCCGGACAGUUUUGUGCCCCAGAAGGUGUCCUCGCUGCCAAUUGAUAUUCAGUCGAAAGUUUCGGCCUAUAUGCGGCUGGAGACGAACUCGCAUUCGGACUCGGAGUGCAGCAAUAGUGGUGUGGGCGUGGCCACCACAGCUUCCUAUAAAGUGCUUCCGGUCUCGGACUCGCCCCCGCCAGCGCCAUGCCCCUUCCCGCCCACGGCCAUGGUAUACUCGAUGCGGGGCCUCGGUAAGUACGCCACUAAUGGCAACUCAGCCAAUGCACAAACAACGCCAGCGAAGAGCAACAACAACAACAACAACAAUACUAACAACAACAAUAACAGCAGCAGCACAAAGGACACAAUCAACAACAACAACAACAGCAAGCUCAGCUCGAAAUUUAGCUCCAGCCAAACGCUCAAUGGUCAAACCAAGACCAACAACAACAACAACAACAACAACAACAAUGCUGAUCCCGACAUGAUUUCACCCACAGUGAUGGCCAAAUUCCUGGAGGAUGAGCUGAAAUUGAACGAUGUGAAGCACUGCGACACUUGCCAGUGCAGCAAACAGGAUCUGACCGUGCUGGCAGACAUCUCCCGCUCCUAUACGGUGGCCACCCAGACACCGUACACCGAACGCAGCCUGAACGAGCCGCUGACUCAGCUCUGCCUGCGCUGCCACAGCAAUCUGAAUUCGCCUUCUAGGACCAAUAGUCCCUAUCUGAUGAAGCUGGUGAAGAGCAGCGAUUCGGUCAUAUCGGAGACGAAGAGCUCCGUCUCGGAUCUGAAUGACAUGGACAAGCUGUUUACGCCGCCCAAGAAGGAUGAUCUGAUGGUCAAUCCCAUCUUGGGCCAUCACAGGCUGUGCGAGCGCACGGCGAACUCCAGCUCGACGCUGAUGUAUCCAACCACACAUCUGGGCGCCUAUGCGGCCGAGAAGUAUCUGCUGGAGACGAGCAAUCUGGGCCAGCUGCGCCAGGGCAAUGCCACAACUGCGGCAGCGGCAUAUCAGCGACGCUUUCUCGACGGCGGCGGCACGGCGCUGCAGCUGCUCAACAAGUUUGAGGGCGCCAGCGUAGCGGCGGCCGAGGAGCUGGAGGAUGAGGAGGUCAGCAAACCGCUGCUGGCGGGCAUAUCACAGCCGAGCCUGCUGGAGGCCGAGCAGCCGCCAAGCACACAGCCCACCAAGCCCGAGGAUGUGUGCGAACCGCAGCCAGUGAAGCCAGCUGUGGCAGCAGCUGGUGUCGCUGGAACAGCCGUGACAGCAACGGCAUCUGCUGCUGCUGCCGGCUCCUGCUCCCAGCUAAAGUCAACGAACUCGGGCAGCGUGCAGAGCCUGUGGAGCAACAAGACCAGCAGCUGCGAGGGCGCCAAAAUGUUUGAGACCUUCAAUCGGAAUCUCAUCAAGACUAUUAAAGCCGAGAAUCCCAAGUAUCGCGGUCCGCGCCUCUGCGCCAUGCGCAUCCAGCAGAACGGGCAGAGCAACAUCUUGCUGGACAAUCUGGAGUCGAUUGAGACGAACGUGCCGGUCAUCUACAAGCGACGCGAGCGGCUGCUGGACGAGGAGCUCAGCGAUGGCAAGGACAUCAUCACCUCCAAGGAGAGCAAUGCGGCGGCAGCGGUUGAGGCCUGGCAGGGAUCGGCCAUGCCACAUGAGAAUGUGGCGCUGCAGCCGGUGCUGGAGCCGCAGGUGGAGCUAAAAGAGACUGAAAAGGGCGGCCCGCUGGAGGGGCAGGUGCUGCCAGGCGAGACACUGGCCAGUGGAGCAGCCGGCGAGCCGGCCAAUCUGAGUGCAGUGGCUGCAGCCGGUGCUAAAGUUGCAGCUGCUGUUGCCAGUGCUGCUCCUGCGGGCUCGCCCAAGCACUCGGCCAACUCGAGCUCCCUGAGCGAUGCCAUCGACUACCAGGAGAGCGUCCUGCUGCGUCGCCAGCAGCUGAAUCGCGUCGCCGAGUGGGUGCAGCACAACACGCAGCAGCUGGAGCAGCGGGCGCUGCAGCAGCCGACGUUGCCCAGCGGCUCGAAUUCGGGCACGGAGCGACAGUCGUCGUACUCGACGCUGGAUCGCAUGGACUCCAUAUCCAUAGAGAAGCUGAGCGUGGACUCUGGCUACAAGACAACGCCACAGCAGCUGACCAAUGGCUAUGCGGAUGCGGGCAAAUCCACGGAGGAUUCCCUCUCGCCCAAGACAGACAUCACCAGCAAUUCGCUGCCCGAGCCGACGACCGUCGGCCAGGCGGCCGUUGCGGCAGCGACUGUGGUCACCAAGAAGGCGGAGCUCUGCACCACCUACUACAGGCGCACCACGCGAUCCGGCCUGCCGGUGGCGUACACCACAACGAUGAUGCCAGCCGCCGCCACGCCCGCCGAUUCGCAGGGCUGCUCGUCGUCCGGCUCGCCGGCCCUGCAGUGCCCCGAACAGCCCACGUGUGAUAUACUCAACUACAAAUACUAUCCCAAUGACACGGACAAGACGCGCUCCGUGCAGGCCGAGCUGCACACGACCACGCAGCACGUGGACAUCGCCCAGAUGGAGUACAAUGUGAAGCAGUUUCUGCUCAAGCAGAACGAGUGGUCGAUGCGAGCGGAGGGCGCAGCAGCUGCAGCAGCGGCGGCAGGGGGUGGUGGUGCAGCUGGCGGUCCCGGCGGUGCGCGGCUGAUGCGCCACACGCGCCUCAUGGGACCCGGCGUGGGUGAACGCGUGCGCAUGGCCACGCCCGGCGGUGCGGUGGCUGCCACGCCAGGUGUCCUCGGCCCGCACAGAACUGAAACGAAUUUAUAGGCCAGCGGAUGGACAAAGAGACGGACGGAUAGAUGAAUCGAUGGAUCGAUGGACGGAUGAAUGGAUGGAUAAACCAAAUUGUAUUCUAGUUUAGCGCCAGAUACUAACCAGGAGCAAUGCUUAUAAGAGAAUCUUUAAUUUAAUGAGUACUAUAUAGUUAAUGUACGAUAUAUAUAUGUAUGUAUGUGUUACACAUAUACAUAUACACAUACAUGUAUGUGUAUCUAUGUGUGUAAUACCUUAAAGUACGUCUAAGCUAGCUGAGCAGUCGCAAAGUUGCGCUUAUAAUGCAGCUAAAAGGACAUCGUGGCAUUGGAAUACUACAUAUACUACAUACACACAAUACUUUUGUUAAUACACUUGGAGAAAA